GCAUUGCUGUGGGUGGGUGGAUUGACUGACUUCUUCUCAGACCAAACGAGAGCGCGCGAGAGGUGACAUCGCCUCCGCUGGAUUCAUCAGCCACCAAGAGGCCGAACGAAGAUUACAACAACAAAUCACGCGACAUUUCCUUUUGAUUUGGUUGGAUCUCUCUCGAGUAUGAAACGGAUUGAAAUCAGCUACUGCUUCCUGGGACUUUUGUUCUACGUGGUACGUGUAGAACCUGCGCCGCAGGCGUAUCGGAGAGAUCCCGGGCAUCCGGCGUGGCACCAUGGGGCAUUCCAGGACGUCAAAGAUUCUGUUCGAUCUGAUGUUCGUCAAAUGCUCCACUCUCGCGCUGAGGUCCCAUUUCAAGUACCACUUGAAGUUAAUGUGGUACUUAUAGGCUUCAACGGCGAUGGAGGCUACAGGUUUAGCGUAGAUUCUCAAAAGUUAGAGGAUUUCUUGAGAGUUAGCUUUCCAUCUCACAGGCCAUCAUGCUUAGAAACUGGCCAGCCACUUGAUAUUGAGCAUCAUGUUGUAUUUAAUGUGUUCCCGGCUGGACAGCCUGAAUUGAUAGCAUUGGAGAGAACAGUAAAAGCAGCCAUGACUUCAGCUGGCACUACUAGAGAGUCUGAUUUUGGAAGGGAAGUUCCUUUAUUUGAAGUUGAAGCAACUGCAGUUGAAUCAGAAUUUGAGAAGCUUUAUUCUUAUCUGUUUGACAUAAAUCAUGAGGGUUACCGUGCUGAAGAAGCAGACAGACCCAAGCCUACUGCCAUUUUCAUGGUUAACUUUGAUAAGGUGCGGAUAGAUCCUAGAAACAAGGAAGUUGAUCUUGACAGUCUAAUGUAUGGCAGAAUUGCUUCUCUAAAUGAAGAGGAUAUGAAGAAACAAGAGGGAGAUUAUGUAUAUCGUUAUAGGUAUAAUCGAGGAGGCGCCUCUCAAGUUUGGCUUGGAUCUGGCAGAUUCGUGGUUAUUGAUCUCUCUGCUGGUCCCUGUACUUAUGGGAAAAUUGAAACUGAAGAAGGAAGUGUCAAUCCCAAAACACUACCUCGAUUGCAAAAUGUGUUAUUUCCUAGAUCAGGUUCUGGUGGUGAGAAGUUGGCCCAUGACAUUUUUAUUGGUCAACUUGCUGCUGUUAUUGCUACCACGGUUGAGCAUGUUAUAGCCCCAGAUGUGAGGUAUGAAACUGUUGAUAUGACUACUAGAUUACUUGUGCCUAUUAUUGUCCUUCAGAAUCAUAAUAGGUACAAUAUCAUGGCGAGAGGCCACAAUUACAGUAUUGAUGUUCAAGCGAUUGAAGCUGAGGUUAAAAAGAUGAUUCAUGAGGGGCAGGAAGUUGUAAUUGUCGGUGGUGCACAUGCAUUACACCACCAUGAAAAGUUGUCCAUAGCUGUCUCGAAAGCUAUGAGGGGCCAUUCCCUUCAAGAAACCAAAAAGGAUGGACGUUUUCAUGUUCAUACCAAGACAUAUUUGGAUGGUGCUAUUCUUAAGGAGGAAAUGGAACGAUCUGCUGAUGUGCUUGCAGCAGGUUUACUAGAGAUGUCUGAUCCAAAUCUUUCUAGUAAAUAUUUCCUUCGCCAGACCUGGAUGGAUGACACUGAUGGAAGCAGUGAUUCUAUCCUAAAGCACAAACCUCUCUGGGCUUCCUAUGGUUUAAGGCAUCAAAAGGGUAAGAAAAUGAAAUUAGAAAAGAAGAAGGAAGGCGACUUGUUUCGAACUUAUGGAACUAGGGUUGUUCCAAUCUUUGUUCUAUCACUUGCUGAUGUAGAUGAACAUCUCAUGAUGGAAGAUGAUAGUCUGGUAUGGACAAGUAAUGAUGUAGUUAUCGUGCUUGAACAUCAAAGUGAGAAGAUACCUUUAAGUUAUGUUUCUGAGUUAGAGAGAAGGUUUGCCGUGCCAUCACAAGCUCAGCGGCAUAUAUUGGCUGGGCUAGCUUUUGUUGUGGGUGGAUUGAGUGCACCAUAUGAAAAGGCUUCGCUUGUUCAUGAGAGGCCUGUUGUGAAUUGGCUGUUGGCAGCUGGUUGUCAUCCAUUUGGACCAUUUUCUAAUACUUCUCAAAUCAGUCAAAUGCUUCGGGAUGUAGCACUGAGGAACACGAUAUAUGCUCGUGUUGAUUCUGCCCUCCGCCGAAUCCGAGAUGCAUCAGAGGCUGUUCAAGCAUUUGCUGCAGAACACCUGAAGACUCCACUGGGCGAACCAGUGAGAGGUAAAAAGAAUAAGACGAGCACUGAGCUUUGGUUGGAGAAGUUCUACAAGAAGAAAACCAAUCUGCCGGAACCAUUUCCACAUGAGCUAGUCGAGCGUUUGGAGAAGUAUUUGGAUAGCCUUGAGGAGCAGCUGGUGGAUCUAUCUGCUUUAUUAUAUGAUCAUCGCCUGCAGGAAGCGUAUUUGAAUAGCUCGGACAUCUUCCAAAGCUCAAUAUUUACUCACCAGUACGUGGAGCACGUGUUGAACAAUGAGAGGGAGAAGAUGAGAUGUUGUAGCAUAGAAUACAAAUUCCCGACACACACUUCCCAAAACUACAUAUAUGCCGGAAUUCUAUUAGCUGGAUUUUUUGUAUAUUUUGUAGUGAUCUUUUUUGCAUCUCCUGCGCACUAAUACUUUGUUUAGCUCAUUAGCAGCUUGAGGAAUACAAACACUCCCCCCACCCCCGCCUGGAACUUUCUUUA